AUGGACCGGGCGUCUACACUCGAUCCGACCGAAAGGUUCGUUCGCACGGUGUCGCCGGAUCUACACGCAUUACGUGCCAACAAUUGGGGCUACUUGGAACCCUGUAACCCUCACCAUGUGCAUCUGCCCUUCACCAAUGGGUCUGAUAUAUGGUUCAUCUAUACCAAAAACAACGAGCUGCGCGUCGCAAGUAGGGAGUCAGAUCAGGGCUCUUUACUGGCCGUGGUCUUCAAAUGUAAAGUUGGCAAGAAUGACAAGGUCAAGAUACAGCGAACCACUGCUGACGUUCCUAUUCACGUGAACGACAAAGAAGUUCCGCCCCCACAGCCGAACUGGAUGCAUGAACCAGAGUUCCGGAUGCUGAAAACGGAAUGCACGGUACGCAUCGGCGACAUGGAAUUCAUCUUUCAUUUCAUGAAAGACGAGAUACUGAUUCCCACCUACUCCCACCGCUACGAGGUUGAGGGUAUAAUCGGGGAAGGAGGAGAAGGAACCGUUUACGCUGCGAUGCAUAACAAGACCGGUCACGCUGUUGUAAUCAAAUGUACAUCAGUGGCCCCAACCGGAAUGCACAUGAUGGCGGUUCAGUUACACAUGUGGCGUGAAAUGGGACGCCACACAAACAUUCUUACUGCGACCGACUGGUUCAUGCAUCCGGACUCGGUGUCAACCGAAAAUAAACUAAUCUGCGUCGCUUCUCCUCUGGCGGCGUACGGCGAUCUAGAUGCCUACGUGGAAUACGAGGGCGCCCUGACGGAACAUGCUGCGCGCUCCGUCAUGCUGCAGAUACUCGAGGGUCUCAUGUUCUUACACGGCCGUGGAAUUCUUCAUCGGGACAUGAAGGCUGAGAACAUUCUCGUAUUUCACAAGGACAAAAAGGGUCGUCUCGAUGUCAAAAUAUCUGAUUUCGGGCUCUCCAAAUUCGCUUUGACCAUUGGUCAAUCAGUGAGUCCGGUAGGCACCCCAGCUUGGGCCGCACCGGAGCUUCAGCAUCUCCAAUUCACCGAGCGCAGCGACGCAUACGGAGCAGGUUUGAUUCUGUUCUUCAUCUUAUUUGCCACGCGCCCCUACUUGCUCUUACAAAACAAGGCGGACCGGCAUAUAAUUGAGCAGAUGUCGAGGAGGGUGUCCCAGCUGUCCUUGAUCGACGACGGCCACAUUACCCCCGAGUGCGAAGGCCGGCGAUUAACCCGAAGCGCAUGUCGAAAGCUCAUGAAAGCUCAGACGCGGGAGGAUAGAAGACCCGCCAUAGAGCUAUCCCCAGAGUGUCGAGAGCUCCUGAAGGCUCUGACGCAGGAGGAUCCGUUAGCCAGGCCCACUCCUGGGGAAGCCAGGAAGUAUCGGUGGUUUGUGCGAGGAAAGCUUCCUCCGCCGUAUAACGACGAGCUGCUUCUCUGGGAAGAUCCUCUCGCAGUCAAGGCUCGCCAACGCAGUAUUUACGCCGGAACCCGGAAAUCAAUCAACCAGUGGCUGCCGAGGGAGGAGACCUUGUAUACGCCCACCGAACUAGGUUCCAGGAUAUCGGACGCACCCGCGAACGAGGAAGCAGCCUCCGACCCUGUGGAUGCGCUGGCAGAAGCUGCUGUCAACAUUAUCGAUGGAGAUUCAGUCGUCGUCGACGAACAGGGCGACGAGACUGCCACGGUAGUUGCACCGGUCCUCCGACGGUCAUCGCGUGUUCGGGAACAGCGCGGGGCUCGGGUCACGCGUGCGUCUAACGAAGCGUUGCCAAAAGCCAGGAAGGAUCAAACAAUCCGGCGGAAGAAACAGGAGACGACGCGGGUGGGCAAUAAGCGCAAGUUGCCUCAGCAAGACGCCGAGCCGAUCAAAAAGAAGCGCAGACUGUAG